UACUGACUUUCCAGUUGCUCCUCGUAAUAGUGCCACAACCUACAAACACAUAUCAGUAUUCGUUCGGUUCAAACAGUUAGAGACUUGGAGUGGCUCUUAAGAAGAAAUUCUAACUCAGGACAUUUUUGAACCUCAUGGACAGAACAAGGAUUAAGAGUUCCAUUUCGUCCGACAGAAUUAGCAACCUUCCAUGCGAUAUCAUAGAUAACAUUCUUAAAUACUUGCCAUUGCGUGAAGUGGUGAGGACAAGCAUUCUAUCAAGAGGGUGGCGGUGCAAAUGGGUAUCUAUACCUUACCUUGUAUUCAAUGAAAUCUUCCAAGGAAGUUUACCCGAAGAAUACGACAUUGAGCCCAUUAUCUAUCAAAUACUGUUACUUCACAAAGGGCCCAUAAUCAAAUUCAUACUCAAGGAUGUUGAUUUCAAAGUCUAUCCUGCUAUCGGCCACUGGCUCCAUUUUUUGUCGAACCAUCAAGUUGAAGAACUCGCACUUCGUUAUACCUUUAUCGCACAGCCGAUUCCUUAUCAUCUCUUUACUUUUGAUCAUCUCAGACAUUUGUAUCUUGCCGAUGUUUUCAUCAGUCUGCCCCCUGCAUUCAAAGGAUUCAACAGGCUUCUAAGACUUGAACUUGUAGAUGUUGAGAUUGCACUUGCAGAGUUAAAAAUGUUGAUCUCUAAGUGUCCAAUGCUUGAGUAUUUGGAUCUGGAAGACUUAUACUGCGAAACAGGAGAGCUCGAGAUUGAUGCUCCAAAUCUCAAGUCUUUUUUCUUCUAUGGCCAAUUGUUUGUAUUUUGCUUCAAAAAUGCAUCACACCUUUCGACGAUGUCUUUUAUGACCACAUUUGAUGAGUAUUCAACAUUUGAGCCAACUGAAAGUGAUAGGAACCUGAUUCAGGUUCUUGGUAAACUAUCAUCUUUGAAAUCUGAUGGUGGCUUUUUGCGGUUCUUGGCUAAAGGUGCUGAGCCGCAGAACCUUCCGUGGUACUUUAACCAUCUAACGGAUCUCAGCCUUUCUCUCAUUGAUUUCCGGUACAUAGUUGAAGUCAAGUGUGUACUAUGCUUGAUUAGAAGCUGCCCUAAUUUGCAGAGUCUUAAAAUCGAAUCAUCAAAGUCAUCUAAAGCAGACAUGGCGACCACCUCUCAAUAUCUAAAGGCACAACAAAAUUAUAACAUUCCUCUAGGUCGCCUGCAAAAUGUGAAGAUCUCUUGCGCAUCAAGUCUGGAGCCUGAAAUGGAAUUUGUGAAGCUUCUUCUAUUGAAGGCCACUGCACUUAGGAAACUGGAGUUUCAUUGUGGGUAUGCAGCUGGAGAAGAAGCAAGAUCCAACAUGUUAAAACAGUUGGUUAGUUUCCGACGAGCAUCACCAAUGGCUAGGAUCAUAUUUCGAGAUGUUUGAUGUCCAUUGUCUUAACAGAUUUCUUUGGUAGACAACUAGCUUAAGUUUCUAGUUUUGAAUAUGACAUGUUGCCUUGACUCAGUGUUUAAA